AUGACUGCCGCUUUCCCAAGAACUAUUCGCCAAUGGUCCAUCUCGGGCACGUCGGGCCUGGACUCACUCAACUUCUCCGAGGUCCCUCUUCCUGAGUAUGGCGAGACGCAGGUCCUUGUCAAAAUUCACGCAGUCUCUCUUAAUUAUCGAGACAGCAUGAUAACUCAAGGCGCCUAUCCUUUCGCCGUUCUCCCCGACCUCAUCCCCGGCUCCGACGCAGCAGGCGUAGUCGUAGCCGUCGGCAAGCGCGUCACCCACUUUAAGCCAGGCGACAAGAUCGUCACAGUCUUCAACCACGAGCACCUCGACGGGCCCCACGUGCCCAUCGGCGGCAUCAGCUUCGGCAGUGCCGUCCAUGGCGCCCUACGCGAGUAUUGCCCCAUUGACGAGCUUAGCGUCCUCCCCAUUCCGCAGGGGUUGGGCUUCAUCGAGGCAGCAUCGCUACCUUGCGCUGCGCUUACUGCGUGGAACUCUCUCUAUGGGCUGCCUGACAAGGCCCUCAAGCCGGGUCAGUGGGUGCUGACGCAGGGUACGGGGGGCGUGAGCAUUUUUGCCCUGCAGUUCGCUAAGGCGGCUGGUGCGAGGGUCAUCGCAACGACGGGAUCGCCGAAUAAGGUCGAAUUUUUGAAGAAGCUGGGCGCUAACCACGUCCUGAACUACCGGGACACUCCCGAAUGGGGUUCCAAGGCGAGGGAGCUGUCUGGUACUGGCGUGGACUACGUUGUUGAAGUCGCUGGCGGCGAAUCCAUGUACCAGAGCCUUCUAAGUAUCAGACGGCAGGGCGUCAUCAGUAUCGUAGGGUUCUUAAGUGGCAUGUCCGGGGACGGGCCGACGCAUCUGGGUAAUCUGAUUUACAGCUGUAUCACGCGGGGGGUCACGGUUGGCUCCAAGGCUGAGAUGGAGGACAUGAUUCGUGCCAUCGAGGGGAACUUGGGAGGGCUCAGACCGGUUAUUGACGAGAAUAUCUUUGAGUUUGAGGAUGCGAAGGCGGCUUUCGCGUACCUAGCCUCGGGGAAGCACCUCGGAAAGAUAUGCAUCAGGGUGGCUAAGCCGUUGUCGUACUAG